AUGAAAUCUAUAGUUGAAAGAUACAACAAAACAAAGGGGGAAAACCAUCAGCCGGGGAACCCAAUCUCUGAAGUUAAGUUCUGGCAAAGAGAGGCAGCAAUGUUGAGGCAACAGCUGCAUAGCUUACAGGAAAAUCAUCGAAAAAUGAUGGGUGAGGAGCUUUCUGGCUUGAGCACAAAGGACUUGCAGGAUUUGGAGAGUCGGCUAGAAAUGAGCCUUCGAGGAGUUCGCAUGAAAAAGGACCAAGUUCUCAUAGAUGAAAUACAAGAACUAACCAGAAAGGGGAACCUCAUUCACCAAGAAAAUGUGGAACUCUAUAAGAAGGUAAACCUAAUUCGCCAAGAAAACAGAGAAUUGUAUAAAAAGGUUUAUGGAACAGGGAACAUAAAUGCAGAAAAUAGAGACUACCUUAGCACAAAUGAUCUUGGAAUUGAAGAGGAUUCAAAUAUACCUAUUCAUCUUCAACUUAGCCAGCCACAGCAACAGAACUGCGACACACCAUCAAGAAGUAUAAAGCUGCGAAGAUCACCUUAUUUAAAGCAAAGAGGGAUCUCCAAGUAACUUCCAUGUGCUUGAAACAAGCAAGAUUUUGGAUUCCAAAUUGCAACUUAAAACAGUAAAGACAACACCAACUUAAGCACAAAAGAGCAUCUGAGGGACAUGUAGCUUUCAUUGGCUUGCAGAAUAUCCUUUAUUAAGAAGAACUUUGGGCUCCAGAAUUCAACUUCAAACAGCCGACAGAUAGCGACAACUGGAACAGAAAAUAGCUUAUAAAGCUUUAUAAAUAGCACUCACUGUUCAAUUCCAGAACCUGAAGUAUGUCAUCUGAUAGAUAUUGUUAAAGAGAACUGCUGUACAAAUCUUUUCCAAAGAAGCAAGAUUCUGUAAAAGGGUCAAGUUGGGAUUCAGAAACUAUUUGUCGAAUAGUAGUGCACACGCAGGGCAAGCAACUCAAGACCCUCAUCUAAAGACUACAUAAAGGUACAAAAAAAUAAAUAAAAUGCUCCCAGUAGUUUGAUUAUUCCAAAUGCUAACGGUCGGUCGUUUCUCUUUCCUAGGGUAUAAAAAUUUCAUGUAAAUACAUUCCUUCACAGAUAAUUACUAACAAGACAUUAAAAGCGAUGCUCCAGUAA